ACAGGGGAAGAAGGAAGACGAAGAUCUGGAAAGAUAGUAUUUAGACUUCUCUGUUGCCACAAGUUUUUCCUUCUCCGAGAAGCAAGGUCGAUGUCUAUUUUGUAAAACCUUCACAUUGAUAGUGUGUGCCGUGCUUUAUUUUUGUCCCAGAGUAUCCUGCUUUUUGUAAAAUAAGCAGCCACUAGAUGGAGUCUUUUCUGUACAACCUUAUUUUUUGUGUAGACUUUCUUAUUGUCGGGUCCUACCUGCAAAGAGUUUAAUAUAAAUGCAGGUGUAAAAUGUAUCUGGGAUAAUCCGUUUUGUAAAGAACGUUCAAAUAAUAGCUUUACAUGUUAAAUGCCUGACAACGGCCAUUGUGAUGCCAUAUACUAAUACUAUUCACGUUUACUCUUACAUUUAAUUCGUAUGAAUGCAUACAGUCAACAUGUCAAGGAGCACGAGGAUACUCUCAAUCACCACAUCAACCGAGACUUUAUUGACGGAUACCUAAAGAAAAUGAAGGAACACGAAAAUAAUCUGGCAUCAAAUUUUAAUAGAACCUACCUGGUAGGCAACGUGCUUAGCCUGUUCGUAGCAGGGGCGAGCUCUGUCUCUUCCUUCGUGCACUGGCACAUGCUAAAUUGUGCCCAAAGCGUAGAUAGGGUGCAGUAUCGGAUCCAAGAGGAGAUCGACAAAAUCGUGGGCCGAGAUCGCCAGCCGACGUGGGAAGACCGUCAUCGGAUGCCGUACACCGUGGCCGCCAUCUGGGAGAUGUACCGCUGCAAACCCACCCUCACCCUUCCACGAGCUGUUGGAGAAGACACUUUCUUCGGCAAGUAUUUUGUGCCUAAAGGAACUGUGGUGAUGCGUAAUGUCUGGGCUGUGCACAUGAGCUCGACGCUUUGGAAAAACCCCGAGGAGUUCGAGCCGUCCAGGUUUCUCUCAAGAGACGGCUCCAGGCUUCUGAAUAGGCCCAGAUAUCUCAUUCCUUUUUCCGUUGGUAAGUGUGGUGUUGAAGGAAGAUAUUUGUGUAUCUCCUAUUGGUAUCAGUUAGGAAAUAGAGAUUGGUUUCAGUAUUACUUUAUAUACUCGUUAGCCUUACACAAAAUUUUGUCAUCUUUCACUAUAGCUCUCGCAAAAGGAAGUCGAAUGUUACAUGCACUUGUGAUAUACAGAUAA